ACAUCAAAACUGGUGUAUCACAAGACCAGUUAGUAGCUGUCCAGAUUAUACAUACACCCCAGGGGUCCCCCAAACCACAUCUAGCAUGGUUUUCCCUUUUACUCCAAUAUCACCACAUUCACCGUUAUCUUGAGCAAUGAAGGAAUGUCUUUUGCAAAAAAAAAAAAAUUCCUUUGAAAAAAAGAUAAAUCAGUGCUUGCACCAAAGAAGAUAACAGCCUGCAAACCUUGUUCUAAAACUACACAGAUCAAAAGGAUCAACGUGAAGUCAUUUUUGUCAUUCCUGUUUUGGAUUAUUUUGGUCUCUCGCACUUCUGACAUCGCCUUUUCUCCUUUAGCCUACUGAUCAUUUCAUUUUCACCCUCUCACCAUUUCAUGAUCGAAAAAUAAGCAAUUCUGUAAAGGAAAUUGGUGAUAAGAAAUAAAAAUUUGAGUUUUAGGAUUUUUCCAUGGGUACUUUCUCAUGUCCCAUUUUACCAAAGAAAAUGGAUUUCAGUAAGAAUAAUAGGCUUUACUUCUGGAUUGGGGGAAUAUAUUUGUCCUUCAGGAAAAUCUUGCUACAGCGUGCAUCCAGCAAGGGUGUACAUUGGGGUAUGUAACGUUAAUCUUAGCACUGAAGAGAAGAGAGACAAAUGAUGCAGGGCGGAAAAGAAGAUUGAGAAAAGAGAGAGAGGAAAGACGGAGAAACUUGUUCAUUGCAAGACUGCCAGAGCAAGGUAUUUUUCUUUGCUUCACAAGUUAGAAGCUGUUGAAUAAUUCAUGCCAAGCGUGGAAAGGCUGCCUUUUCCCUGGGUGAUGUAGAACAGCAGGAGAGAGCUUCGAGUGGGUUCACCGCACCAACCACCACGCUCCCUUCGCUUCUGAGCGCAGGGCGCGCUCCUCAGCCGCGUCUGCUCUCAGCAUCCUGCUGCUGCCGCUGCCGCCCGCUCCCGCUCGCCCCAGUGGUCUGGGCUUGCAAGCUUUCUCCUUUCCUCCUCCUAGCCCUGCUGCCCUCUGAGGAGUCUCUCUGCAGCUGCUGCUGCCGGCUUCUGCCUGGGACCAUGUGCGUGGCUGCUGCUUGGGAGAAACAGACUCUUGCUCCUGGUGCUCAUCCCAGAUGAGUUUCUCCUGUUGAUUUUGGGACCACAGAUGCGGCUCCUAAGGAAGUAUUUCUGGGCAUCCCUCCGUCACCUACAGCCAGCUAAGGACCAUCCCCAAAGGCAGGCGGGCGUCGGGAUGGGCCGCGCCGCGAGGAGCCGACACUAGUGAGCGAGGCGUGAAGAGCGGGCCAGGAUGACCAACGCCUCCUCCACGUCCACGUCCUCCACCACCGGGGGGUCGCUGCUGCUGCUUUGCGAGGAAGAGGAGUCGUGGGCGGGCCGCCGCAUCCCCGUGUCCCUGCUGUACUCGGGCCUGGCCAUCGGGGGCACGCUGGCCAACGGCAUGGUCAUCUAUCUCGUGUCGUCCUUCCGCAAGCUGCAGACCACCAGCAAUGCCUUCAUCGUCAACGGCUGCGCCGCCGACCUGAGCGUCUGCGCGCUCUGGAUGCCUCAAGAGGCGGUGCUGGGGCUGCUGCCCGCGGGCUCGGCCGAGCCCCCGGGGGACUGGGACGGCGCGGGGGGCAGCUACCGCCUGCUCCGCGGCGGGCUGCUGGGGCUUGGGCUCACCGUGUCCCUCCUGUCCCACUGCCUGGUGGCUCUCAACCGCUACCUGCUCAUCACGCGGGCGCCCGCCACCUACCAGGCGCUGUACCAGCGGCGCCACACGGCGGGCAUGCUGGCCCUGUCCUGGGCGCUGGCGCUGGGCCUCGUGCUGCUGCUGCCGCCCUGGGCGCCCCGGCCGGGCGCGGUGCCCCCACGCGUGCACUACCCCGCGCUGCUGGCGGCCGCGGCGCUGCUGGCGCAGACGGCGCUGCUCCUGCACUGCUACCUGGGCAUCGUGCGCCGCGUGCGCGUCAGCGUCAAGCGGGUGAGCGUCCUCAACUUCCACCUGCUGCACCAGCUGCCCGGCUGCGCCGCCGCCGCCGCCGCCUUCCCGGGGGCCCCGCACGCGCCCGGCCCGGGGGGCGCCGCGCACCCGCCGCCCGCGCAGCCGCUGCCCCCCUCGCUGCACCCGCGGCGCGCGCAGCGGCGGCUCAGCGGCCUGUCGGUGCUGCUGCUGUGCUGCGUCUUCCUGCUGGCCACGCAGCCGCUCGUGUGGGUGAGCCUGGUGAGCGGCUUCUCGCUGCCCGUGCCCUGGGGCGUGCAGGCGGCCAGCUGGCUGCUGUGCUGCGCGCUGUCGGCGCUCAACCCGCUGCUCUACACCUGGAGGAACGAGGAGUUCCGCCGCUCCGUGCGCUCCGUGCUGCCCGGCGUCGGGGACGCGGCCGCUGCCGCCGUGGCCGCCACCGCGGUGCCCGCCGUGUCCCAGGCGCAGCUGGGCACCCGCGCCGCCGGCCAGCACUGGUGAUCCGCGGCCCCUGGAGGUCCCGGGCGUCCCGCGCGCGCCCCGGCCCGCGCAUCCCGGCCACGGCGCCCAGGUGCCCACCCCCGCGGGGUGCUGGACCGGCGGGCUCGCCUCCUGAGUCGUUUCCGACGGUCGCUGGCGUUGAGCCUCCGUGUCCGCGGUUUAGAGACACCCGACGCACCGGUCCGCACGCCAGAGACGCCAAGAACUUGCAAAUGGGCACUUUCGAAAGAACCCAUAAAUUGAUUCCGACUCGUUUUCGAAUGAGGCUUUGGACCACGCGUGACCAUUCCCACCUUCGUCGUCUUUUUUCUAUGACGCGCCACGAGUGUGCAUGAGCCAAAGGAAGGGAUAGUGAUGAAGGCAACUCUUUAAGAGAUAUGUUUGGAAAGGAACCCGAGUUUGAUGAUGCUUUUGUUAUUUUAACCUUUGGAUUGACCAAGCCACAGAUGCGCACAUCAAUCUGAAUUGCCAUUAAGACCUCAGCCCUUUAUUCUUAAAAGGGCCUUUAAAAAAAAUAAAAUUAAUUCCCGACUGCUGAGUUAGAUAGAAUCAGACCGUAAGGCGAGCAGGGGGGAACCCCACCGAAUUAUUAUUUUACAUUCCUCUUUCCACUUCUAAGACUAAGAAUUAGCACUGGUUUUUAAAGUGGAAAAUUUCUAGUUUGCUUAUUGGUGGCCGGAGGCAGCAAUGGAGCUGUGAAGACAUAUCCGGGGUUAUCUAUGUUAGGUUACAGCUUCACUCUUUCCUGUAGCAUGCACACUUGUUGCUACCCUCAUUUUGUAAUCAGUUUAUCUUCCUUAUGAGUGUGAUUGCAAGCUUUGAAUAUUUUUGUACUAUAAGGUUGCUAAGGAGAAUAAGUCCUUCUGUUUUCUCUUUGACAUUUAAAAUAUCUCAAUGCACAUGAUAUAAUUGAACACUAAUAAUACCAUGAAUACAUAGCUAGUAUUAGCUGCUAUUGCAUGCUCCUAGAUGCUAGAACUUAUUGGGCAUGUGGUAUACUAAAGCAAUACCCGUUACCAAGGACAUUUUACAUUUUUUUUUUGACACCAGAAGAAACUGCUUUCAAUUAUUUGAAAAGAGACACAGAGACACUUCUGGCUACCUAGUGUUCUAAUUGUCUUGGCCCAAUUUAUGAAAAAAACUUCCAGUUGGGAAUAUGUGAUAUAAAUUGGACGGAAGUCAAGAUGGAGCAGAAAUAUGGUUUGGCUCUGCAAAGCCAUCUGUGUGCUCUUUUAGGAUUUAGACAAGCCAUACAUUAGAAAGCAACGCUUUUUUUUAAAUGUAGUACGUAUAUAUUAUUGUGACAUUUGACAUUAAUAUCCUGUGCGUUAAAGGAGGAUUGGUAAAGUCAGUUAAACAUAAUUGAAUAGCACAAAUGAGGGUCUGUUCUUAAAUGUACAGUUUGAGGCUUGUCACAUUCAUGUUGGGUUUACUCUAUUUAGAAAGAGUCAAAAUAUAAAUCAUGUGUAAUUACCUUAUAAAGUUGAAAUAAGAAAAUUUUAAAAAAUUAUCAAUCAGUAUUCUGACUGCGAACUAUAAAAUUUAAGAUUGAAUAGUCUCGCUUAACUGUGACAUUCAUGAACAAAAACAACUUGCUUUGUUCCACUUAUGGACAUUUAAAGCUAGGAUAGUAGGAAGCCUCAUGAAUUUGAAUAAUUAUGGGUGUUGCAGGAAAUUUGACAUAUUUAUUGUAAAGCAAAAUAAAGCAAAUAUGUUCAUUACCAGUAAUAGCUCAGCUGUCAUUUUAUUAAUCCCUGCUUUGCAUGCACAUUUCUCUCACUAAGGUUUCACGGAGUCCCAUUUUCCUUGAAACAAAUAUUUAAUUAAAAUUCAGACAACUGUU